AUGGAGGCCUCGAGAAACAUUGAGUUCUCCGGUGGCGCAGCCUGCGCCAGCGCCUUCUGGGGCACGGUGACCUGGAGGCCCGGAGUUGGAAGUCGGGGUGGGGAGGAGAGGCAUAGGGUGCUUCCUGGGCAUGAGGAGCAGGAUCAAAAGGGCAGCACCGAACAGGCUUCCGUAAGGCGUAAUGUAAGGCUGAAGUCUAGGCCUGGGUGUCUAGCUGCCGUGUCUGCUUCCUUAGGCCAUGUGUUAUUUGUGGAAAAGCUGUUGAUUAAAAAAUCUGUUCUCCCUUUUUCUGUCUUUGUUCAGUUAUCCAGUCAGAGCGAAGUCAUCACAAGAAUCGUUCAGAGACUAUGUGAAAAGAAAAAGAAGAACAUCCUUGCGUAUGGAUACUCCUUGCUGGAUGAAAACAGUUGUCACUUCAGGAUUUUGCCAUCUUCGUGCAUAUACAGCUAUCUGCCCAAUACUGUAACAGAAACGAUUCGCAUCAGUGGCCUCUGGGAGAUACUGCUGAGCAGGAUAGGGGACGAUGUGAUGAUGUACCUGCUGGAGCACUGUGCACUCUUCAUGCUGGUUCCCCCAAGUAACUGUUACCAGGUCUGCGGGCAACCAAUUUAUGAACUUAUUUCGCGUAACAUAGGGCCGUCCCCAGGGUUCGUUAGACGACGAUAUUCAAGGUUUAAACAUAAUAACUUGCUUAACUAUGUGCGAAAAAGACUUGUGUUUCAUAGGCACUAUCUUUCCAAGUCACAGUGGUGGAAGUGCGGGCCGAGACGUCAAGGUCGUGUCUCCAGCAGAAGAAAAAGAAGGACCCAUAGGAUACAAAGCCCAAGGUCUGGUUACCAGUCUUCUGCAAAAGUGAACUUUCAAGCAGGCAUGCGGAUCAGCACAGUUACUGCACAUCUGGAAAAACAGAACUGCUCCAGUUUAUGUUUGCCAGCUAGAACACCAUCUUUAAAAAGGAAGCGUGAUGGAGAACAGGUUGAAACCACAGCUAAGAGAGUGAAAGUAAUGGAGAGAGAGGAACAGGCUUGUAGUAUCGUUCCUGAUGUAAAUCGAAGUAGCUCCCGGAGGCAUGGAGUUUGGCAUGUAGCACCACGUGCUGUAGGUCUUAUUAAAGAACGUUACGUUUCUGAAAGAAGUUACAGUGAGAUGUCUGGUCCUUCUGUAGUUCACAGAUCUCACCCUGGGAAGAGGCCUGUAGCAGACAAAAGCUCUUUUCCAAGAGGAGUUCAGGGUAACAAACACAUAAAGACCGGUGCAGAAAAACGAGCAGAAUCCAAUAAAAGGGGCAUAGAGAUGUAUAUAAACCCAAUCUGUAAACCCAAUAGAAGGGGUAUAGAGAGGCAUAUAAAUCCAACCCAUAAACCUGGGUUGAAUUCUGUACAAACUGAACCAAUGGAAAGUGCUUCUUCGGGGGACAGAAAGCAGGAAAAUCCCCCAGCUCAUUUGGCAAAGCAGUUACCAAAUACAUUCUUGCGCUCUGCAGUGUACUUUGAGAAGAAAUUUCUUCUGUAUUCCCGUAGUUACCAAGAAUAUUUUCCUAAAUCGUUCAUACUGAGCCGCCUGCAGGGUUGUCAGGCAGGUGGAAGGCAGCUUAUAGAAACUAUAUUUUUAAGCCAAAACCCAUUAAAGGAAAAGCAGAACCAAAGCCUAAAACAGCAAAAGUGGAGAAAGAAGAGGUUGCCCAAACGCUACUGGCAAAUGAGAGAGAUAUUUCAGAAGCUGUUAAAAAACCACGAGAAGUGCCCUUAUUUAGUUUUCUUGAGAAAAAAUUGCCCUGUUUUGCUUUCUGAAGCAUGUUUGAAAAAAACGGAGCUGACCUUGCAGGCAGCUCUGCCUGGGGAAGCAAAGGUUCACAAGCACACAGAACAUGGGGAAGAGACCACUGAGGGUACUGCACCGAACAGCUUCUACACUCCUCCCUCAAUGCCAUUGUGUGGGCAGACAGAGAGAGAGGAGCAGCACCUUGCAGAGGGGAGUGAUCCGCUCCUCAGGGAGCUGCUCAGGCAGCACAGCAGCCACUGGCAGGUGUAUGGCUUUGUGAGGGAGUGCCUGGAGCGGGUGAUUCCUGCCGAGCUGUGGGGUUCAAGCCAUAACAAAUGCCGGUUCUUUAAAAACGUGAAAGCAUUCAUUUCCAUGGGGAAGUAUGCUAAGCUUUCAUUGCAGCAGCUGAUGUGGAAGAUGAGAGUGAAUGACUGCGUAUGGCUUCGUCUGGCCAAAGGUAAUCAUUCUGUUCCUGCCUAUGAACAUUGUUACCGUGAAGAAAUUUUGGCAAAAUUCCUAUACUGGCUGAUGGAUUCCUAUGUUAUCGAGUUGCUCAAAUCAUUUUUCUAUAUCACCGAGACCAUGUUCCAGAAAAACAUGCUUUUCUACUACCGAAAGUUUAUCUGGGGCAAGUUACAGAACAUUGGAAUUAGAAACCAUUUUGCCAAAGUACAUCUACGUGCUUUAUCUUCAGAGGAGAUGGAAGUGAUCCAUCAAAAAAAGUAUUUUCCUAUUGCAUCAAGGCUCCGGUUCAUUCCUAAAAUCAAUGGUUUAAGACCCGUAGUAAGACUAAGCCGUGUUGUUGAAGGACAGAAACUCAGCAAGGAAAGCAGAGAAAAGAAGAUACAGCGCUAUAACACUCAGCUAAAAAAUCUAUUUAGUGUGUUAAAUUAUGAACGAACUGUAAACACCAGUAUCAUUGGCUCUUCAGUAUUCGGGAGAGAUGAUAUCUACAGGAAGUGGAAGGAGUUUGUUACAAAGGUUUUUGAAUCAGGUGGUGAAAUGCCUCAUUUCUACUUUGUGAAGGGUGAUGUGUCCAGAGCUUUUGAUACUAUUCCUCACAAGAAACUUGUGGAAGUGAUCUCACAGGUCUUGAAACCUGAGAGCCAAACUGUAUAUGGAAUAAGGUGGUAUGCUGUGAUUAUGAUUACCCCAACUGGAAAAGCCAGGAAGCUCUAUAAGAGACACGUUUCUACUUUUGAGGAUUUUAUUCCAGACAUGAAGCAGUUUGUGUCCAAGCUUCAAGAGAGAACUUCAUUACGAAAUGCAAUAGUAGUUGAACAGUGCUUAACUUUUAAUGAGAACAGUUCCACCCUGUUUACUUUCUUUCUUCAAAUGUUACAUAAUAACAUCCUGGAGAUUGGGCACAGGUACUAUAUACAGUGCUCUGGAAUCCCACAGGGCUCCAUUUUGUCAACCUUACUUUGCAGCUUAUGCUAUGGAGACAUGGAAAACAAAUUACUUUGUGGAAUCCAGAAGGAUGGAAUCCUAAUACGUCUUAUUGAUGACUUUUUGCUGGUUACACCACAUUUAAUGCAGGCAAAAACUUUUCUAAGGACUAUAGCAGCAGGUAUUCCUGAGUAUGGCUUUUUAAUAAAUGCCAAGAAGACAGUGGUGAAUUUUCCUGUUGAUGAUAUUCCGGGAUGUUCUAAGUUCAAACAGCUGCCAGAUUGUCGUUUGAUCUCAUGGUGCGGUUUAUUACUGGAUAUGCAGACACUUGAGGUUUAUUGUGAUUACUCCAGUUAUGCCUUUACUUCUAUCAGAUCAAGUCUUUCCUUCAAUUCAAGUAGAAUAGCUGGAAAAAACAUGAAAUGCAAAUUGACUGCAGUCCUCAAACUGAAAUGCCAUCCUUUAUUUCUUGACUUAAAGAUCAACAGCCUUAAAACAGUUUUAAUUAACAUCUACAAGAUAUUUUUACUUCAGGCUUACAGAUUCCAUGCCUGUGUUCUUCAGCUUCCAUUCAACCAGAAAGUUAGGAAUAAUCCUUAUUUCUUUGUAAGGAUCAUCUCUGAUACUGCUUCAUGCUGCUAUUUUAUCCUGAAAGCUAAAAAUCCAGGGGUUUGUUUAGGUUGCAAAGAUGCAUCUGGCAUGUUCCCUUUUGAGGCAGCAGAAUGGCUCUGCUACCAUGCUUUCAUUGUCAAACUGUCCAACCACAAAGUUAUUUACAAAUGCUUACUUAAGCCCCUUAAAGUCUAUAAGAUGCAUCUGUUUGGGAAGAUACCAAGGGAUACUAUGGUACUGCUGAAGACAGUGACGGAACCAUCUCUUUGUCAAGAUUUCAAAACUAUACUGGACUAAGCGAUGAAGGUUUAUUUCAUAAUCCUUCCAGGCUUAAAAAUAAAUGUUAAGUUUUUAGAUUAAUUUUCUCUGUAGUUGAUUUUGGUAGAGUGAACUGAAAGCAUUUUACUUGAAAAUUUUCUCUGUGGUUUUUUUGUUUGUUUGUUUUGGUUUAUUUUUGGUACCACACAAUAACUUUAAAAGAGCAGGCUGUUUUGUUAACAUCUUCCUGUUUGUGUUUUUCUGUAAGUUCGAAGGCUGUUUGAAGUACAACUUGUGAACUUGGCUUGAUUUCCUUCAGUAAUUCCUUUCUUCUUGAUGAAGACAUAUUUAAAUUAUCUGUUUAAACAGAUCAACGUUUUUGCCAUGUAUUGUUUCUGAAGAACUGUUCUUUGAUUUUUCUAUUGCAGACAAUUUUAUAAUAAAUUGUCCACACAGUUGCAGUAAUGCAUACUUGUCUCCAAUACCUUUAUUUUAUAGUAAACUUCAACCCAAUCCCACUCAACUUGGGAGUGUCUCGAAAGGCACUUAUUGGUACAGGGAAAGUGCAUUUCAUGGCUGCGUCUAGCAAGAUAUAUGGGAUAAAGAUUUUUUUGCUUUGGAGAACACAGUCAAAAUUUGUAUGCUAAAUCUGGGUAUGUUCAACAUGUUUAAUAUAUUCUGAGAGUUUAUAGAGAUGUUUUAUACCACCUGCAACUACACAAAAUGAGAACAAUGGUGAUGUAUUUAUAACUACAAAAACAAGGGGAACCAGGGUUAUUGUUUAGAUAAUAGAAAAGCUACCUGCUUGGUAUAUUUGCAUUUCCUGUUCUUUAUUUAAUCUUAUCUUUUGCUCCUUAAUAGUACUGAACUACUAUCUAGCCCUUUUGUUGGCAUGUUGUACAGGACUGAAUUUUGCUCUGUGACUGCUCUGAGCAGGAAGGGAGGAACUUGAUACAAACUCUUCUAGAGGAAGUAGAAGCAUCAACAUGCUUCAGAGGUAUCCUCGCUGCUUACUGUUGGAAAGGGAUUUCAGACUGAAGAGACUGAAGCAAAUGUCCAGUGGUCCAUGCAGUCUGUCAUCAGGGGAACAAUAAUGAAGAGCUCAGAAGUCAAGGAGUUCAAAAUUUGCACUGUGUCAUGACAGUGACUCGAGAUACAUCCACAAGAUUCAAGUCUAUAAAUCUAUACAUAGCUUCAUUAUUUUCUCAGCAUAUGUCUAUAUUAUUUAGCUGCAGUUUUUAUUAUGGGCAUAUCUCUGACCAAAAUGUUAAGCCUGAUGACAUACCCUUACACAUAUGAUUUUAAUGAACAUCUAUCUGUAAUCAAACAUGUGAAUGUAUAGGGUACACUUUAAUUAAAAUUUCUGUUUACAUAGUUUUUAUAUGAAUGUAUGCUCAAAAUAUAAACGGAUUUUAUUGAAACUAUUCUUUAUGGAAAUCUUAAUUUAGCUCAUAACCUUUCAAAUAUAAUUUGCGUUGUGUAGUUAGUUAUCUGUUAUGUGCCUAAUUUCUCCUAUUUUUUCUAUAAUUUCAUUAUCUGAUGCCCCUAAGCUCACUUUUUAGCAAUUAACCCUUCUAGAAGCAGUCAGCAGUUUGCAGAAGUGUUAUAAAAAAUAGAUAUUCUGGCAUUUCUGUUUCUAUUUUAGUAUUACAACAGGAGGAAUGUCUUGAGCAGCCAAAGGCAGCAAUGCUGUUAUUGAUGUAACUAGGACUACAAGAGGGGCACAUCCAGGGAUAAGUUAUAGAGCCAGGAGCAGGAAGGAGUCAGAGCCAUGCACAUGCGGGUUGUCAGAUCUCUCCAACUCUUCUGUUAGAACAAGUCAUUAUGUCCCGUUCCUGCACGCCGUGUCUCACUAACAGGGAGAUAGCCCUUGUAGUAUUCCUUUGAGCUUUUAGUAGUAAUCUUAGGGAGUGAGUAGGUUGAACUAGCUAUUAUCAAGCUUCUGACACAUCUAGUGAGAGUUGGUGUGGUUGGGAAAGGCAUUUGGAUUUGAAAUGGCUUGCCUGGAGAGUCUAGCUCCACUGACAGUGGAUUAAUAUUAAUGUCUGAGCAAAAGCUGUUCUAUGAGCUUCUGGAUCCUUUCAGCAUGGCUCUCUCCAUUAGGCUUUGUGGUUUGCUGUUGACUUUUUCACAGAAAUAGCAUUGGAAGUCAGGACCCAUGCCAGCAAGUGCUGUGAAAGGGCAUUUGCAGCUCUCCCUCACCAUUGUUUUCAUCCGUCAAGUGGACCUGUCUCUUUCCUUCGUGUCUCUUAGUCACCAUCUUGUCAAGGCCUCCGUGAAACCUCCAUUGGUGUGACCCUUCAGGCUGUUGCAAAGGAAUCAGAGAUAGCUCUGUUUCCACGCUGCUAGAGAAUCGGACACAAAUUGGUGUGUUUUUAUGGAGAGAAGCAACAUGUCAGUGAGGGGUUUGAGUUGGUUUCGUUCUUUUUCAGCUUCUGUUCAAAUCCCUUUUAUCCCUCAUAAAGCUCUGCUAAUACAUAGCCUAUCUCAAGGCUAAAUACUAAAACUGUGUCUGUUAUUCUUAAACUUCCUAUAUCUUUCUUGGCUCUAUUAAUUAUUUCACCUAAGGCUUUGUCAUGCCUUAUCCUCCCAGGCUUUUCCAGUCUUUUUUCAGAGGCUACUGGUUGCUCAAAAGAUGUCUGCAAAGGGAACCCUUAUCUCCCAUCAGAGUGACCAGGAUCUGCAGGAACUGCAUUUAUUUGGAAUAAGUGAAAGAAGACAGAGGACACUUGAAAUAAUUGGUGGACUUUCAAG